AGCUCUGCAGCUUGACGGAAAAGCACGAGGCGCUGCCCACCGCGUCCUGGACUUCUCUCUGAAACAAAGGAAAGCGCACUGUUCUCUUAUAUCCUGAAAAAAAGGCCAGUAAUGAAGCGGCCGAGGAUGUCGGCAUCAGAUUCGGACUAUUCCGUUGACUGGCUGGCCAGUGAUGAUGAUGAGGACAAUGACAGUGAGCUGGAGACUGAAUGUGAUCGAGAACAGGACACACUACCCACCACUCCUGCAGCUCAGAACAGCUGUGGCCCUCACACUUGCAGGAAAAGCAGUGACACCUCCGUGAAGGAUAAGGAGGACAGGAGCUGCAGGAGCAGCCCCCCCUCCAGUCCAACCAGCUCUUUCAGCACUGGAGGCCGAGAGCCUUCACCAUCGGGACACGAAGAUGUGUCUGGUCACAGCUGCACCUCGGGAAGCCCUAAAGGCAAAAGCAGACAGGCACAGAAGAGAGUGCGGUGCCUGCCAGUGCCAGAGCAAAAAGAAAAACAGCUCACAGACAGCCCAACGAAGGACAAGCUGUUUGCAUACAAGUGUGUGGAGUUGCAGUGCUAUAUUCACCCACUCUCCUCAAUCCUGAAUGGCCUCCGUUCUGGCAGAUACAGAGAACGGCUCAGCACUUUCCAAGAGAGUGUAGCCAUGGAUCGGAUCCAGAGAAUAAUGGGGGUCCUUCAGAAUCCUUGCAUGGGUGAACGGUAUAUUGACAUCAUCCUGAAAAUGGAGGAAAUGUUGAAGACAUGGUUCCCUAACGUAAAACCCAGCCACCAAACCACUGCUGUGGAGCUGACACAAGAGACCACAGUGCUGAAAAAACCCAAGUUGUCCUCGGCUCCAGCCCCCAUUCUUGCCGGUCUCUUCAACUCUGGCACUGCUGGUGCUUCUCCUGUGGCUGCCAAGGCCAUGCGGGUCAGUGACCUCAUCCUCCCAGCACCUUACUCUGCCACCAAUCUGAAAUGGCUCCACACAUCUCCCAUCUGCUCGCCCACUGCUGAGCAGGGCCAGCGCACAGUCCGUAACUUGCUAACAGCCCGCAGGGACGAGGACGUGACACAGGACAACUCGGUUUCCUCCACUAUAGACACCCCUGAACUUAACAUGGACUCUGUGCCUAGUCAGCCGCCUCCAGGAAAGAUCAGUGCCCCAUGCCUGGAGAGACUACUGAAAUCCACAGAGAGCAUCAUCAACCACAAAGCCUCCAGGGGGACGAGCAAUAUGGGUGCUGGCACCUUGUCCUAGUCCACAGAGACUGGGCUUUGGGUAAUCAGAGCCUAAACAGCAGGCACUCGUAUUAUUUUAUGCCAACGCACCCAAGCGCAAGCCCCCUGUUUCAUUUCAGCCUUCAGGGGACACACAGAGCAUAGCUAUGGCCAAGCCUAGCACCUAGACUGACCCAGCCUUCAGAUAGGCAUGCGUCAGUGUGUCACUGGUUUGUCUAACUUGGGUUUGUCAGUUUUGAAUCCUCUCUGGUGUAUUAGUUUGUCUCCCACAUAUGCCUGGUGAGACAGAGGACUGGUGGCUUGAUGUGUAGAGGCAGCAUACUGGUAUCUGUGAAUAAAGGAAAACAUUACUUCAGAAAGGGAUGGGGGGAAAAGCAGGAGUAAUGCAUUUCUAGGGAACACUUCAGAUAUUCCAGCGUGUCGGUGAUCUCCAUUGUAGUUGUAGAUAAAAAUGUGGGAUGAAUGUGAAUUUUUUUUUUUUUUUUUUUUUUUUAAAUCUGCUCCAUUGGAGUUGGUUAAUGUGACUGUUAUUCAUAGGUAUAAACUUAAAGCUAAGAUUUUGGUACAACGGUUCUACCUCAAUCUGAAACCAUGUCAAUGGUUGUGUAUAGAAUGAAUAUGAACUAAUGUUCACUGACAUAGAAUCAGAAAGAGGGAGCCUGCUAAGAUCAAGGUGAGCCAGAUUUGCCUGUAGUGCCGGGGUCUUUGUUGUGAGCCGUUUUCUCUGCAAGGAGAAGCUCCACAGGCCUGACUGGUGCCAAUGUAUAGAAUGUGAACUGCAAAUGUUUUUUUUUUUGUUUUGUUUUUUUUUUUGUCCUUUUAGCGUCUCCAAGUUUGAGGGCAUCCAGUGCCUGUUUAAUUUGAUGUCAAGCUGUGCCUGUACACUGGUUUUGAAAUGAAUGAGAACCACCUGGAAUACCUGCAACCUCUGAAAGAUGGGAUGAAUGCCAGUAACCUUCAAAGCUCCUGGCAUCAGAUACAUAGCUUAAAUGUUUGCAGACUCUGUGGUCAAGCGGGACGAUGACAUUUCUGUUUACUACAGAGUAGACAAUAGACUGAGAGGGAGGUAUUCAAAGUUUGUGUAAAAAAAAAAAUUGAGGUUGUUUAAUCUACCCUUGCAAAGUGGCCUUUACAGUGUGAUAUUUUAUACUUUCAAAAUAAAUGUGGUUAUAUUUGUUUUGGCGUA